UUUGACGUUUAAUUAAAAUUUGAACGAAAUUUUAAGGUUAAGUUAAAAAUGAUAAUUUUAUUUUUACAAUCUUUUUAACGAUUUCCUAGAAUACGUUUAAAAGACAUAACGACCACUUUAUCAAAAAGCAAACAAUUUUUCAAGGAAGAACCGCAAUUACACAUUUAAAAAAAUAACAUUAUUAUUCGUUAUCAUUUCGGAAUUAUUAAAAUUUAGGUCAUAUUAACAUCGCGCGAUCUUGAAUCGCUUAGUAUAAAAACGCUUUGUUACAAAAAAGUGCAAUCAGUUAGUUUUCAGUGUUCAAAAGUGUUUUAAAAAAAUGUUUUCGCAACGCCAUCUAUUCGUCGUUAUCGUAACAUCUCAACUCCAAAUUCUUCUUUCCCACCCGAUUCAAGAAAAUGUUUUAAACAAUUUAAUUUUGGAUUAUGGUGCAAAAAUGUUCGGGUCUCCGAAUGAAAAGGUCGGUGACAUCAUCAAUGAUUACUCCCCGAAAACGAAUUUGGCGAACCCCGAAGAGCUCUCGGGUUACUUAGAAGGCGAUAUCUUAAUCAAUCGGAAAUCAAAGAAUGGUUUGGUUGAUUUCGGAUCGAAAUGGGAUGCUGGAAUCAUCCCCUACGUCAUCACCGGCCCAUUUUCUGAGGGCGAUUUAAAUAUGAUUUACGAAGCAAUGCGUCAAUACCACGAAAACACCUGUAUAAGAUUCCGCCGACGCCAACCCGAAGAUGUCGAUUACAUCAACAUCAUCAACACAAGAACCGGAUGUUGGUCGAGUGUUGGAAAAAUCGGUGGUAUGCAAGAAGUAAACUUACAAAGUCCCGGGUGUUUAGGAACUUUAGGGACACCCGUACACGAAUUGAUGCACGCUGUAGGUUUUAAUCACGAACAAACCCGUUAUGAACGUGAUAAUUUCGUCGAUAUUAAAUGGGAAAAUAUUCAAAAUGGUCACGAUUUUAAUUUUGCCAAAGUUCCGAAAGAGAUCGCUGUUGGAUAUGGAAUUCCUUACGAUUACAAUUCAGUUAUGCAUUAUUCGGCGUACGCGUUUAGCGCAAAUCAAAAACCGACGAUUGUGCCGAAAAGAAGCAACGUUCGAAUCGGACAAAGAGACGGAUUUAGUGUUGGUGAUAUACGAAAAAUCAGAAAUAUGUAUAAUUGUACGACGAUGAUGGAUCAAGGAAAACCGAAUACUAAUAAUAGUAAUAAUAAGAAUCCGAUAAUGAAUUUGUUAGGACAAUUUCAAAAUUUAUUAACGUCUUUUGGAUAAGUUGAAAUGGAUGAUUUAAUAAAUUAAUAUUUAUGUUAAAAAAACAACUUUAUGGUACCCUAAUUGCGUUUAAAUACUCAUAGAUGGCGCUAGAUAACCGCGUCUAGUUUUCGGCCAUCUUGAUUUGUUGAGUUGGCUAAAUUUGUACUCAUUUCAUAUGAAAUUUCUCUUUAAUGUUUUAGCCAUCUUGAUUUUAAUAUUAAACAAUAACGUUGUAGGAAGUAAUAUCUAGAUAUAACUGACGUAUAUUGGCUUCAUUACCCAAAUUGAAGCAGCAUAUAAAAGAGUGCCUCCUACGCAAACUAUCUCGAUUAAAGUUAGAGCGGGACUUUGCAUGAUUAAUAUCCAACUAAUAUUCUGGUUUACACCAAGUGCUAUAAUUAAUACCAUAAUCACCAAAAACUGUUCGCUUAAUUAGGAAAGAUUUUCCAUUUUAAGCUUAGCCGAGGUCGCUUGAGGUCGAGGCAUUUCAUUUAUACAAGAUAUACUCAGAACUGGCUCACGUAUUGUUGCGCCUCGUCCGUAAACGACCUCGGCUUAAUCCGUGAAGUGAUACAUUUUUCACUCCAACCUCAGCCGAGGUUGCUUGCGAUCGAGGCGAAACAAUUGAUACCAUAACAACCCAAAACUGAUUGAUACUAAGUUUAGCCGAGGUCGCUUCCGGCCGAGGCAGUUAGGUAAUAUCAAAAUCAUUGAAAACUGGUUUUUACCUAGUUUAGCCGAGGUCGCUUGCGGCCGAGGCAUUUCAUUAAUACAAGUUACACUCAGAACUGACUCACGUAUUGUUGCGCCUCGUCCGCAAACGACCUCGGCUUAAUCCGUGAAGUGAUACAUUUUUCACUCCAACCUCAGCCGAGCUUGCUUGCGAUCGAGGCGAAACAAUUGAUACCAUAACAACCCAAAACUGAUUGAUACCAAGUUUAGCCGAGGUCGCUUGCGGCCGAGGCAUUUAUUUAAUAUCAAAAUCAUUGAAAACUGGUUCUUACCUAGUUUAGCCGAGGUCGCUUGCGGCCGAGGCAUUUCAUUAAUACAAGAUAUACUCAGAACUGGCUCACGUAUUGUUGCGCCUCGUCCGC